AGAGGGAGAGAGAACGUCCUCUAGCUGUGUGCAAGGACACGGCCCUGAACGGUAAAACAGCUUUCCUGCUGUUUCCAGCAUCUUGCGGGACGGGGAAAAGGUUCAUCAAUCGAUUUGAGUUUCGACUUUGGGAUAAGUGCGUGUUUAGCGUUUAUACACUGAAUUGUGAUUGUCUGAAUUAAGAUUUCAAACGUCGGCGUGUCUCGAAUUUGAAGAAGUUUCCAAAAGUUUUCCCAAAACUGCAAACUCCAGUCGGACGACAGGAGAGGAGAUAAUAUGAUUCUUCAAGGAGACCAGCUCCCUCUCCAAUAAGAUAAUGGAGUCUUACAUCUGUGGAGGAUGGUGGCGUUGGAAGUUCCGUAAUGCCCUGCCAGUUGCCCUGCUGUUGAUGUCCCUGCAAAGACAAGCAGUGUUGAGCUGUAGUAACUCCAACUGCGUUGUGGUGCUCAAGGACUCCCAGGGUGAAUUCAACUCCCCCUGCUACCCACAAGAUUACCCCAGUAGUCAGGCCUGCAAGUGGACUCUGCAGGCUCCAGCUGGAUUCAUUGUGCAAAUAACCUUCUCUGACUUUGAGCUUGAGGAGGCCCUUGGGUGCAUCUACGACCGCAUCAUUGUCAACACCGGCAACCAAGAUGUUAAGUUUUGUGGUUUAACAGCCAAAGGACUGACGCUAAACUCCACCGGCAAUGUGAUGGAGGUGUCAUUUAACUCAGACUUUAGCGUCCAAAAGAAAGGCUUCAAUGUCAGUUACAGGCAAGUUGCCGUGGCGCUAAGGAACCAGAAGGUAUCAGUGUCCAACGGCGCAGGCAAAGUGGUCCAAGUCUCCAACUCGGUGACCAUACCUACCCUCCAGCAGUUCACCGUGUGCUUCGAGAUAGCCCGGCCCAACCAAAAGAGCAAGGAGACUAUCUUCUCUUACACCCGGCUAGAGGACAGCAGCGGUGAAGAAGCCCUCAGCUUCGGAAAUAACCAGGAUGGAAUGGCGCUGGUCAUGAGUAACAAGACAUGUCUGAUAGACUCUAUCCUGAACGCCUCAGACUUCACUUCCACCAUGAAGCAAUUCUGUCUCACGUGGGCCUCCACCACAGGCAAAGUGACCCUCUACUACAACAGCAACUACAGGGUCAUGACCUGCUCCAACACGAUUGGGCACUCGGUGGGAGCUGGGGGGCUCUUCAGGCUGGGGUCCCAUAGCAGCUUUGAUGGGACCAUCUAUAACUUCCGCCUGUGGGAUUAUGCCAUGGACAUGACACAGCUGGUCGCCCUCACCUGUGAUGCCGUCGGCAACGUCAUCGACUGGGACAACAGCUUCUGGAACAUCCCCUCUUCACUGGCACAGACGGACAGCGCACUGAGCUGCAUCUGUUUCCCACAUUGCAUACACUUAACAACGGCUGCUCCAUCUAGUGGUACCUCUGUACCCGUCUAUACAUCACAAACCACCAGCUGUGCCUCUCCUGGACUGGGCUGCCCAGCAACAUUAACUUCCACCAGCUCAUCCAUUGUCACCACUAACAUGAUUGCUACUAAUUCAACAACCCACGUUCUCUCUGCUACCACUUCAUCUGCUACCACCACUACUAGCAUGCCUCUAACUACCAACUCAUCAACUGUUCAAACCACGACCACUCCUGCAGCUACAACUAAUGUGCCGACAUUACCCAGCACAACCACUGCAACAUUAACUUCCACCAGCUCAUCCAUUGUCACCACUAACAUGAUUGCUACUAAUUCAACAACCCACGUUCUCUCUGCUACCACUUCAUCUGCUACCAUUACUAGCAUGCCUCUAACUACCAGCUCAUCAACUGUUCAAACCACGACCACUCCUGCAGCUACAACUAAUGUGCCGACAUUACCCAGCACAACCACUGCAACAUUAACUUCCACCAGCUCAUCCAUUGUCACCACUAACAUGAUUGCUACUAAUUCAACAACCCACGUUCUCUCUGCUACCACUUCAUCUGCUACCACUACUAGCAUGCCUCUAACUACCAGCUCAUCAACUGUUCAAACCACGACCACUCCUGCAGCUACAACUAAUGUGCCGACAUUACCCAGCACAACCACUGCAACAUUAACUUCCACCAGCUCAUCCAUUGUCACCACUAACAUGAUUGCUACUAAUUCAACAACCCACGUUCUCUCUGCUACCACUUCAUCUGCCACCACUACUAGCAUGCCUAUAACUACCAGCUCAUCAACUGUUCAAACCACGACCACUCCUGCAGCUACAACUAAUGUGCCGACAUUACCCAGCACAACCACUGUUACUCAAACCAUUAUCCCAUCUGCAGCAGCCGCUACUAACACAACUCUAUUCUACAGCACAACCAAUGAGGGUCUUUUCUACAGGAUCUCCUUUGUUGUCAAUGACAAGGAGGCCAAACUAACAGAGUCUGAUGUUGAGAAAACUGUUGCACAAUGGCUCAAUCAAACAUUCCAAAACUGGACACAUGUGGUCUAUGUCGAUAAUUUCAGAAUCCAGCCUAACAGUGACUCACAGCUUAAGAGGAGUGCCAGUAAAAAAUUCACUUGCCAGGCCCUGCUGGUCUAUCAGACCAGCACCAAUCUGACCCUGGAAGAAGUAGCCAUCUCCACCAGGAUGGUGGGAAGCAGCCCUAACAUUGGCAAUGGACUGGAGCUAGAAACUGUCGACGUGCAGUCUGUCGAGAACUGCCCGGAGGAAACUCCCCUCCAUUAUAUCUGGCCAGAGAGCAGACCAACGGUCAGUCAGUAUGUCCCCUGUUUCCCCAACAAAGACCAGACUGCAUCCAGAACAUGUGUGAUCAGCCCCCUGAAUUACACAGCGUUUUGGGGCGCCCCAGACAUCAGUAAUUGCACUGAUAUCGAUUCCAUCAAUGUUUCAGCAGAGAACGCUGCUGAAGUUGCCGACCAGCUUGCUGACAUCACCAACAACGAGCUCUCCAUAGACGAGGUGUCCAAGGUGGUGGGCAAAGUGAAGGAGCUGGUCAAUGUGGCCAAGAUCAACACCACUCUGGCCACCACUGUAUUGAACAUCAUCUCCAAUGUGAUGACCAGCUCUGUGUCAGCCCUGGCUGUAGCCUCAGAGAGGACAUUGAAGACGGUGGAUGAGCUGGUUCAGAAGUUAGAGUUUGAUGGGCCUUCAGUGAGCAUCACCUCUAAAAAUCUGGCAUUGGGCAUCUCAACACUGAACCAUGGCAAGUUCAACGGGACCUCCUUCAGUGCCUUCAUACAGCCCAACACCACAGACCUCCAGAUUGACUUUGAGUCUCAUCAGCUGAAUCCCCUGGCUCAGGUCACACUGCCAGCUACUUUGCUCAAAAACCUAACCGACGCUGAGACCGCUGCCAUCUCCAGGAUUAACUUCAUGUUCUUCAGCAAGAUAGGACUAUUCCAGGACAAACAGGACGGGAUGUCUCUUAACAGCUAUGUCGUGGCCAGCAGUGUGGGCAAUUACUCCAUCAGUAACCUGCAGGAUCCCGUGGAGAUUGAGAUUGUACACUUGAACUACCAGCCAAAGCCAAAGCCAACCUGCAUGUUCUGGGAUUUUACCAUGAAAAAUGACUCAGGUGGCUGGAACAGUAAAGGCUGCAGGGUUAGUCCCAUGUCCAAUGGAAACAAGACUAUCUGCCUCUGUGACCAUCUCACACACUUUGGCAUCCUAAUGGAUAUCUCUGGAUCUGCUGCACAGAUUGAUGAGAAAAACACCAAGAUUCUUACCUUCAUCACGUACAUCGGAUGUGGCAUAUCGGCCAUCUUCUCUGCUGUAACGCUUCUGACUUAUAUCGCCUUUGAGAAGUUGCGUCGUGACUACCCGUCCAAGAUUCUGAUGAACCUGAGCACGUCACUGCUCUUCCUCAACAUGGUGUUCCUAUUGGAUGGCUGGCUGGCCUCCUUCGAAAUGGAGGGCCUGUGUGUGGCUGUGGCCGUCUUCCUCCACUUCUUCCUGCUCACAUCCUUCACCUGGAUGGGCCUUGAGUCCAUCCACAUGUACAUCGCCCUGGUCAAAGUUUUCAACACCUACAUCCGGAGGUACAUUCUCAAGUUCUGCAUCGUCGGCUGGGGUCUGCCUGCUGCGAUAGUUGCUACAGUGGUAGCUAUUGACAAAAACUCCUAUGGGAAAAUGGAGUAUGGAAAGGGGGAGACUGGACAAGGCUCUUCUGAAUUCUGUUGGAUCCGGAGCCAUGUGGUGUUCUAUGUAACGUGUGUGGGCUACUUCUCUGUCAUCUUCCUCCUGAACGUCGCCAUGUUCAUCGUGGUUAUGAUCCAGAUCUGCGGUCGCAACGGGAAGCGCAGCAACCGCACUCUGCGUGAGGAGGUGCUGAGGAACCUGAGGAGCGUCAUCAGUCUCACCUUCCUCCUGGGCAUGACCUGGGGCUUCGCCUUCUUCGCCUGGGGACCCGUCAACCUGGCCUUCAUGUACCUCUUCUCCAUCUCCAACUCACUGCAAGGUUUAUUCAUCUUCAUAUUCCACUGUGCACUGAAGGAGAAUGUCCAGAAACAGUGGAGGAGAUACUUGUGUUGUGGCAGAUUCCGCCUGGCAGACAACUCAGACUGGAGCAAGACGGCCACUAACAACACCAAGAAGGUCAGCUCAGACACGGUGGGGAAGUCCCUGUCCUCCAGCUCUUUUGGCUCCAGUACAGCAAACUGGACUUCCAAGGCCAAAGCAACUCUAAACCCCUUUGCAAAGCGCAACAGUAAUGCAGGUAAAGGUUACUCCAACCAGACCAAUCCUAAAAGUGUCUCCUUGGAUGGUGAGGCCUCCUCUUCCUCCUCCUCCUCCAUAAUCCCAGUGCACCAAGUCAUUGACAAGGUCAAAGGUUACUGCUCGGCGCGCUCUGACAACUUCUACAAGAACAUCAUCAUGUCGGACAGCUUCAGCCACAGCACCAAGUUCUAGACCACCCAGCACUUCUCUUCUUCCUCCUGCUUUUUCUGCUAGCCCCUAACCAGUGGUGAUCUCCCCAGUCCACAGUGUCACCCCAGGGUUGUAGCUUCCAGAGCAGCAGGGCUGUAUUGUUUUUACUGUACAAUAUUUGACUUAAUCAGCUGGUCCAGUCAGUGAGAUGUACUGAAAAGGGAAGUGGGGAAAUGCAUAGUUCUGUAGAAAAGGGAAGGGCUAAGCGGAGAAUGGAGUUUGGGAUUUACAUACUGUGACAUUAAUCUUUAACUGGCUAUGUGUUGUGUAAAUAUUUAUGGUAUAUCUAAUACGCCCCCUAUAAUUGAUUCUCAGUUGGUGUUGCACAUGCCUUGGGUAUUCAGUAGGGUCACCUUUCCUGUACAGAACUAUCAACAAUCUUAACCGUUCUGUUCUCAUUCUGCAAUCUGUACAAAUCCAGUAUGAGCAACAAGGGAAGCAAAAUCCUCCAAUCUGGACCAAAUAUUCAGGCUGAGGCCUAUAUUUCAAACCCAAAGAAUACCAAACAUGAGGGAGUUUUUAAAAGCUGUAGCAUUGUCAAUGUGUGCUCAAAAGGAACAGGUCGAUGUGUAGUUCUGGCUUUAGUCAUCUAUUUGUGAAUCCUGUGUGUGUUUAUUUGCUGGAUAGCAAUGUUAUGUUCCUUUACAGUGCCUUGCAUGAGGAGGUUUUGCAUAAAGUACUUUAUCUUGGUCAGCGUACCAACAUCAUCAUCACGACUAUGUUAUAUUUGUCAUGUAUAUAUUUUUUAAACCUUCAGAUGCUCUACUACUGAAUAACACAUGCAGAAAUGGAUGUCUGGUAUUGGUCCAAUCACUACUACUUCAUUUUGCUCACUUCGAUUUAGGACAACCUCUGUGUUGUGACCUGUGUUUAAAGUGUCAUUUAGUCUGACCCUUCUAUGGAUAGAGGUUGCCAGAGCCAUGUAUUUACAAUACACAUAUGGCUGUAGAGGUUACUAAACCCGCAGCCAUUAAACUUAGAUUUGGUAAGAGAGUUUCAUAAACAUUCCACAUUGAAUUGUUCCGCAGUGCAGCAACUCACAGCAUACUGUAAUGAUUGGAAAGGGACGACAAAACACUGGCAUUAUUUGUUCAUCCACGUUCAUGCCAACAUUUUAAAAUGGCAACAUGUUAAUCUGCUCUUCCGUGUUGCUUUAGUUAGCUUAAUAUGGUAGUCUUGUUUUCCCACCAAUAGGGGAAGUGAAUAUAUUGCAGUACGUUUAAAUGUUGCUGUGUGAGCUAUUGUUGUUUGUGUUUGUGAAGCGACGGAACAAUGUUGUUUAAAAGUGUCUUUAUAUUUAUUUCUAUAGAGCUUUUUGCAUUUGUUAUUCCUCUUGAAUCCCCAAUGCCAGUUGAUCAGGACAAUGCCCCUGGAUAGAUUGAUAUACUGUUUUUGGAAAGACGGAACUUGGCGGGCAAACAAAGCUUCGCUCUUUACCUGGGCAGGCGAAUAGGGACGGUUGUAUUUUGGAAGCAGUCAGUGUUCUCAACUGUUCUUUUCCAACAUCAGGAAAAGAAUUGGAGCAUCAAUGAGAAAUUCCCUCAGGGGCCAAAUUUCAAGAGGUAAUGUGGUGUUGAACAGAUUUGGGGUCUUCAUUUCAAGAACGUGUGGGAAGUGAUUACAGUGGGUUGAGAUCGUAAGAUGGAGUUCUCAUCUUUACAAUGAAUUGGAAAAUGACUGCUGGCAUCAUCUUUAUACAUAUUAGAAUAAGAUAUCCCAAAAUACAAAUUUCCAAAUAUUCAACAAAGUAGUUAUCAACCUUUAUCAAGUAAUGUUAUUUGUUAUAGGCUAUUAUUUAGAGGUGCACAUUGUUCUAUCAAUGCAGAGAGAAUCCAGACAUCAUUUUCUCUGAUUCAUUUGUACAUUUCCCUAUUAAUUAAAUAAUGUUUCCAGGACAAAGAGCUAGAAAAUUACGAUGGUUAGAUCUAAACCAAUAUUGUACUUAGACGUAUCACUGAUUUAAUAUGGAUGGUCUGGGUCUAUUUGAAAACAUUCUCCAAACCCUGUCAUUAGUUUUCCCACAACUUUUGUCAAUAAUGUAUUUUCUUGAAGCUGUCUCUGUAUGUCUCAACACCAUUGAUGAAUUGUGUUUCACCUAUAAAGGCAAUUAAAAGAACUGAAAUGUACAAA